AUGACAACACAAAGGGUCUCAUUUGCAGGGAAGAUCAUUGAGACAACAGUCACUGAUAAGGCUUCUGUUGCCGAAGAUUGGGUGAGUCAAAUACGUUCGAGCUACAAUGGAGUUCAACGCAUCAACGUUGGUUUGGACUGCGAAUGGAGGCCCCACGCAAUCAGUUUUAUGAGCAACAAAACUGCUACGUUGCAGCUGUGUAUCAAUGACAAGUGUCUCAUUCUCCAGCUAUUCUACAUGGAUUACAUUCCUCAAUCCAUCAAGGAUUUUCUUAAUGAUCCUACUUUCACCUUUGUAGGAAUUGAGGUUGCAGAUGAUGCUGCAAAGCUUAGGAAUGAGUAUGGACUCAACUGCAGUAGCACUGCUGACAUACGACAAUUGGCGAAGAACCGUUGGCCCAGUCGAUUUCGAAGGCCGGGAUUAAAGGAUCUUGCCUUUGAAGUGGUUGGGCUUCGUAUGGCUAAGCCUAGGAAUGUUACUAUGAGUAAUUGGGAAAAUAGGGAACUUACUCCUGCACAAAUUGAAUAUGGUUGCAUUGAUGCUUAUGCUUCUUACAGAAUUGGUCAUAAGUUAAUCAUAGAAAUGUGA